GGGACUGGAAAUGGAUAAAGACGAACAACUGGCUAUGCAAGAACUUCAUAUAAAAAUAAUACAAUGCAUAGAACCUUCUCAGCUACAGGACUACCUAUUUCAGGAGAAAAUCGUCUCAGAAAAGUACCUUCUUUGUCUGAGAAAGAAAAGUAGAGUGCGUACGGAAAGAUUAAGAGAAUUUAUUUCAGAUUUAAAAAAGCACUGUCCUUUUCGUGUAUUUCUUUUGGCUUUAAGACAAGAAAAUGCAUAUUCUUUUCUUGCUAAAGAAUUAGAAGGAAAACUUGAUGAAAUUAAAAGGCACAAAAGAAAAGGUAAAUCCUCCGGCGAAAUUCCUUGGUAUGAGAAAGCCUACUGUCCAAUAAGACGAAUUCAAGUUUUCAAUGAAAAUAGGGAAGAAAUGGUUGCAAAACGGCAUUUCUUAAAACGGUUAUUAUUGAAUUCGGAAAGGAAUGAGUUUGACAAACAACGCCAUGCUUUAAAGGAACACUGGUUGAGAUUAUCGAAAGAUUCUGCCAGCAACGAAGAAAAUUCUGUCAGGAAUGAAGAAAAGCUAAAAGUUGCAGAUUUGUACUUCAUUUCUUUGGAUGCUGAAAUUGAAUACAGACGUGUGGAAUACGACAAAACAUUAUUUGGAGAUAAAGUCUUAAUAGAUAUGAAAAGCAUAAUUGACAAAACAUCUAACCCAAAAGUUAGUUUGAUGUUAUAUCUUGGUAGGUUGGCUUCUGCAAUGGUGAUGUCUGAUAACAGGCUUCUUGAAGACGGUUUAAAAGCUGUUCAAGAAGCAGCAGAAAAUGGGGAGCGUAUAGAACCCUGCAGAGAAACCGGAAUAGUGUUACUAAUAUAUUACAAUCUCUUAAGUCAGCAAUAUGAAUUGACCUUCAAUCAGGUCCUGAGAGAAAACCUAAUUAAAAUGGCUAAAGAAUCGUUGGAUCACUUUGCACAAGAAAGAGACGAUGUUUAUUUUGAUUUUCGUCGAAUAGUCCUACUAAAGACGUCUUUUAUUUAUUUAAGCAUUGGUUUAUUUUGUGAUAUUCUUCCGGUUUCUGUGAGUACGUCUCAAUUAACACAUGCUAAAUCAUGCCUAGACUAUGCUCUUCGUGACUGGAGUAGAAUGGAAGUGAGGUGGAAAAUGAUUUAUCAUUUUGCCCAUGCGCGGAUUCACCAAAUAGAACAAAGAUGGGACCUGGCCCUUGUUAGUGUGAAAGAGUCAUACAGGCAAUGUACGAAAGGUAAAUUCAGUCACGAAGAACGGAACAUUUUGAAAUUUCUUCAAUAUAUAAAGAAAAGAAAUGGGUGAAAUAAUUUUAGAAAUAUAUUGAAAGAAUUUUAAUAGUGCAUGCCAAUAAU